AUGGAAGCUACCUCGGGAACUGCAUUUCCUCAUGUUCUGGGGUUGAAACUCAACCCUCGAGACGCCCCCGGGGUAUACGGCAUCAGCUGGAAUCUCGGCCUCAGAGAUGAACCGACGCGCGCUUUUACAAAUCUGACCAAUUUGCUGACACAUGCAGAAAUGGACCACUACACAUUCAUCUACUUGGACCACAUACAUCCGAUCUAUGCGAUUCUCAGCAAGGAUAAGUUGCUCGAAGAGAUUGCUGUGCGAUGGCAAAACCCGGACAUAAUUGGCAGCUAUGAUCCCGUCUUGUGUGGUGUAGCCGCCCUGGGUUCGCUCUUCUCGGGACCUGAAAGCCAACCUCAUCCACGAGAGGCUGAGAUAGUGCAGUGUGCGAGAGAGAUGCUGGAGAUGACCAGCAUGAUUAAACGACCGUUAUUGCACCAUGCCACGGCCUGGGUUCUCCGGACGUUGUAUCUACGAACCACCAACUCUCCGCAUGCAUCUUGGAUGGCGAGCUGUACUGCAAUGCAUAUUAUCGAAGCUACGGGCGCUCAUCAGGACCCGCAAUCGGGGUCAUUGGUCUAUCUUGACACCCAUGACACGGGUGGCGACUGUGACAUCCCGAGAAGCCUAUUCUGGGUGACUGUUACCUUGAACGCGUGGAUCUCUAAUGAAUACGGCCGUUCCCGCGUGUCCAUUCGUGGAGUGACGUGCAAAAAGCCUCUGCACGGGGAUGGCAAUUGGACGGCAGAUCUGAUAAGUGUCUACGAAAUUUCGCAGCAGCUGGAUCAAGAGCAUGGCAAUGAUUCUGCAAACCUGCUGGAUUGUUUGAGUCGUUUGGAAAUCCCUGUAUAUGGCCCUGACGCGCUACAGCUAUCGCGGGUGAACCUCGUUCUUACUAUCUACCGACGCCUUCGAAUCUCGUGCCCUAUCAUUCCCAAGGAUGCCCAGGCUCGAAUUAUCGAUGCCGCAAUCGUGGGCCUUGAAUCGGCCGUAGAGCUUUCCGAGGAACGCGGUCCUUGGUGGCAUGUUGCCAAUGUCCCAUUUCAAGUUGUCUGUACGCUCUUGGCUAUGGACUCGCGGGAGUCCUUGAUGCACAUCCCGCAGGCAAUGCGGUCACUGAGAAAAGUCUCUCAACAGUUCCACACCGCGAGUAUACGGCACGCAGUCGAUGUUGCCGAGUCACUCAUUCGGCUGUCACGACAGAAUAAACAAAAUGAACUGUUAGAUCUCAACCAGGCCCUGGACAGUCACGAUGGGGAAGACAAUAUAUUGAAUCAGUCAAUUUACGGAAUCCAGGAGAUGCUGGAUGAAGACGGCGAGCCAGAUCUCGAUUGGGAUGCCUUCUUGAGCGCUGAUAUCCCGCUUUUUGACAAUACUUCCCUGAAUGCGCCAGGCCAACCCUCAAAUUGA